AUGGCUGAGCCACCAAACUUGGCGACCGAGUCAAGUAGCGACUCAUUCUCUCUCACUCCAUCAUCACCCUUAUUGUCAUCUGGUCCAAAACCAUUAACAAAACAGCCUAAAACAGCAAACCCAAAUCCCAAACGCCCUAGACGAAGUAGAGAGAACUGCGCCACCACCGCCACAAACACCAAGAGCACUAAACACCCGAUCUACAGAGGUGUUCGAAUGAGAGCUUGGGGAAAAUGGGUCUCAGAGAUCCGAGAGCCCAGAAAGAAGUCUCGGAUCUGGCUCGGAACCUUCUCCACACCAGAAAUGGCAGCGCGGGCCCACGACGUUGCCGCCCUAUCCAUCAAAGGCACCUCGGCGAUCCUCAACUUCCCCGAACUUGCCGAGUCACUACCUCGACCCGCCACGUGCUCGGCACGUGACGUACAAUUAGCAGCUGCCAAAGCUGCCUCAAUGGACCACCUCAAUCAGCGGCAGAUGCCGUCGCCAUCAUCGUGUUCGUCGUUGGUUUCAACGGUGACUUCAUCAGAGGACUUAUCGACGGAGGAGCUACUGAGUGAGAUAGUGGAGCUGCCGAGUCUUGAGACGAGUUAUGACUCGGUUGAGCCGACGAGGGAUGAUUUUGUGUUUGUUGACUCGGUGGGUGAUGGGUGGGACUACUCAAUUUCAAUGCCGUGGUUGCAUUGUGUGGACGAUUUUUAUGAACAGACGGAAAUGACAGAGAGUGUUAUGUCAAGAAGGUUUGAGGGCUUGUUACGACAACAUUGA